ACUCUUGUUGCAAUCUACGCUUGCUUCACUCACUUAACUCUCUUCAUCAACAAUGAAGAUGUGCAAAAUCUUUCUCAGUCAUCAUGCUUUGCUUAUCAUAUUUUCACUGAUUCUGUGUUCUAGUAUAACAGUGAGAUCCCAAUUAACCACUGAUUUCUACCAGAAUACAUGUCCUAAUCUUCUCCAAGUUGUACGUCAACAGGUCAAGAUAGCUCUUGUAAACGAAAUGCGAAUGGCAGCUUCCUUGCUCCGACUCCACUUCCAUGAUUGCUUUGUAAAUGGUUGUGACGCAUCAGUUCUCUUGGACGGGAGUGAUGGUGAGAAAUUUUCUGGCCCCAACAAAAACUCUGCAAGAGGAUUUGAAGUUGUGGAUACUAUCAAGAGUGCUGUUGAAAGUGAAUGCAGUGGAGUGGUAUCCUGUGCUGACAUAUUAGCUAUUGUAGCCAGAGAUGCCGUCCUUCUAAGUGGAGGACCUUCAUGGAAAGUUCUUCUAGGACGAAGAGAUGGAUUGGUGGCAAAUCAGUCAGGAUCAAACUCUAACCUGCCUUCUCCUUUUGAGACCUUGGAUGUAAUCAUCCCAAAGUUUAAUGCUGUAGGUCUUAACAUCACUGAUGUUGUAUCUUUGUCAGGAGCUCAUACAAUAGGGUUAGCAAAGUGUGCCACCUUCAGUCAACGGUUGUUCAACUUCUCCAACACAGGUGCUCCAGAUAGUACUUUGGAUACUAAUAUGCUUUCUGAUCUGCAAAACCUCUGCCCAACAACUAGUGAUGGCAACAACACUGCCCCUCUUGAUCGGAACUCAACUGAUCUAUUUGAUAACCAUUACUUCAAGAACCUGCUCAAUGGAAAGGGCCUUCUCCAAUCAGAUGAAAUUCUCUAUACAAGCAAUCUCUCUGUUACAACUACGAAACCACUAGUGGAGAGCUAUAGCAGUGACUCUUCUCUUUUCUUCAAGGCUUUUGCCAACUCUAUGAUCAAUAUGGGGAAUAUUAGCCCUCUUACUGGAUCAGCUGGGGAGAUACGCAAGAACUGCAGGGUAGUCAACUCAUAGUUGCAGAGGGCCCUCUUGAGCAACUAUCCACUUUGAACCUGUCUAUCAUAUAUAUAUAUAGUCAAGUUAAAUCUAGCUAGUACUAUCUUGUAGAAUGCACUAGUUAAAAUAAUCAUGUGAGGUGUGAGAAGUACUUCUAAUUAGGUCUCAAACUAGGGCAGUUUAUAGUAGAAUGAGAAGAGUUCUUGUGUAUUGUCCCUCG